AUGUUUAGAUUAAUAAACACUUCACAAGGGUUACGUCCCUCAUUAAUUCUGAAGAUUAAACUAGCCAAAAAUGGUUCGCCAACAGCUUCAUCGCUAUCAACAACAACAACAACACAACCAUCUACUUCAUUAGACUCAAAACUAUUCUUUAGAAACAACUCCACUGCUUCUACUACAGCUAGUACUAUACUGUCUUCAUUUCAAGACAAGCCCCUUACUAAUGAAUUUAAAGAGAAAUUCCCAUAUUAUGAACAUAAAUAUCAUCAACCAAACUAUAUCAAUCGUUGGAGUCCCAGAGACAGCUCUUCUUACAAAGAUAUUGAAGAAAUUUCAAAUCUAAUUCAAGAUGAAAAGUUUAGACUGCUGAUGGCUGAAAAAGAUUUGUACCGAUAUGUUGCAAAUUUAUAUAGCGCCACCAUAACUCUGAGAAAAACUAGAUUGGGAAAUUCAAGAAAUAGAGAUAAAGAUCAAGCCAGUGCUUUUAAAGAAGAUGUCAUUUAUCAAACAGCAAUAUUGAACUUGACGGAACUAGUAGCAGCUGGAGAUUUCAACAAUGUUUUGUCAAGUCGUAUAUUGUUUAAAAUAUUUGGAACUUUAUUACAAUUUAAAUUGAAUACUGAAAUUAUGAGUUUAUGGGAAAAUGGAGUUAGUCAAUCAGAAAAAUCAAAUAAUGGUAUUGGGAAAUUAUAUUUAAGUCAUGAUGUCUUGUCAAUUGUACUCCAAGUGGCUUAUGAAACGAAAAGAUUCAACUAUGAAGAAAUCAAACUGAUUUACGAUAUGAGUGUCAAUGAGAAUGAACCAGUACACCCUUUUUUAUCGGACAGAAUUGGUCAAGUUGCUAUUAUGGAAGGUGAUCAUGCAAGAGGAUUAGAUGCUUUAGAAGAAUUAAUGACAUUGUAUGAACAAAAACCUCAGGAAAAAUCUAUUCUUGGAGGAUUAGCACAACUACAUUUAUCAUUCAUUGGACAAUGUAAAGAUGUUGUUAUAGCCAAAAGAUUUUUUGACAAAGCAGUUGAUAGUGCUGAAUCUUUACCGUAUGUUGUUGUAUUGAAAGCACCAUACAUGGUUUCAUUUUUGGAGAAUUGUAUCAAUGCUGGUGAUUCAAUGGAGGAAGUUAUUAACUUAUGGAGUCGUAUUUCUGCUCAUUAUGGUGAAACUAGUGCUGCUACAAAUUCAUCUAAACUGGCAACAAUCAAUGCUGGAUUGUUUAAAUCUUUCUUCAACAAAUACCCAGAACCAAAUGAAGAAUCAAUUAAACUUUUGAAAUUAAUUUUCACAAAAUCACCCAAAAUUGAUGAAGUAUUUUUAAAUACAUUGAUAUCAAACAUGCAAUGGACAGAAAAGAGUUUGGUACAAGAUGUAAUUGAUGCAUUUGAUAAAUUUCACGUUGAAAAAAGUAUCAUAUCUCACCGUGUCAUCUUGAAACAAGCAGGACAAGUAGACUACUCAGUUGCUGAAAUUUUACAAUUAUGGAACAAUUUGUUAAACAAAUUGGAUUCUGAAAAUUACAAGUAUAUUGCCAAUGCCGAUUGGUCAGCUCUUCGAGCAGCCACGGCCUUUUCUGAGAACUACAAAACUAAGGAAAGAUUGGGCUUGUAUUUAUCCCUUAUUAAAGCUUACAAGAAUUAUAUGCAACACAAUGGAUCUUGUAUCAAUUUCAUUAGAGGUUGGAUUAGAGAUGCUCCAGUUUACAAAGAAGUGUCUAGAAUUACAACUGAACAAGAUCCACAUUUUGAAAAUGAAGUUGCUAUUGAAGUUCCAAAGUUUGAGAACUUGAAAGAAAAUGUUGAUUAUAGAAGUAUAACUAAAAAAGUAACUGAUGCCAAUCCAAGAUUACUUGAUUAG